GCACCCCAAAACACAGGAGAGGAAACAGGAGAUUCAUCAUCACUUCAUCAUUUCAUCCAUUCACCUCUUCAUCCAUCCAUCCUGCCAUGCGCUCUCAGUACCAGCUGGCACUUUUCUUCAUCCUGCUGUGCCCGGUCAACAUCAUCGGACUGUGGUGGGCGGUGGGGAGUCCGCUGGUCAUGGAUCCCAACAGCAUCUGCAGGAAGACCAAGCGUCUGGGAUCCAAACAAGCCGAGCUGUGCCAGAACCAGCCAGAAAUUGUCCAUGAGGUAGCUAAAGGUGCCAGGCUGGGGGUGCGUGAAUGCCAGUACCAAUUUCGCUUUCGACGCUGGAACUGUACCAGCCAUAACAAAUACUUCGGCAAAAUCCUGCAACAAGAUAUCCGGGAGACGGCGUUCGUCUACGCCAUCACGGCUGCUGGAGUGACGUAUGCAGUAACCCAGGCCUGCAGCAUGGGGGAGCUGUUGCAGUGUGGCUGUGAGUCUCCGCCCCCUCGCUUGAAUGAAGCGCCCCCUAUUGGUGAUGGCUCAUGGGACGGGGGCGGGGCCUGGGAGUGGGGUGGCUGCGGCGAUGACGUCGAGUUCGGCUAUGAAAAGUCCAAACAGUUUAUGGAUGCAAAACGCCGGAAAGGAAAGAGCGACAUCCGCACGCUCAUUGACCUGCACAACAACGAGGCGGGACGACUGGCAGUGAAGAACUACAUGAGGACUGAAUGCAAAUGCCACGGGCUGUCCGGUUCCUGCACGCUCAGGACCUGCUGGAAGAAGAUGUCCAGGUUCCGUGAAGUGGGCGACCGUCUCCUAGAGCGCUUCAACGGUGCCUCCAAGGUGAUGGGGGGCAACGACGGAAAGACGCUGAUUCCCGUGGGUCAGAACAUCAAAGCUCCGGAUAAACAGGACCUGAUCUACUCGGCCGAGUCACCCGACUUCUGCCUACCGAACAGAAAGACGGGUUCUCCGGGAACGCGAGGGAGAACCUGCAACAGCACGGCAAUGGACGUGAGCGGGUGUGACCUGCUGUGCUGCGAGAGAGGAUAUCGGGACGAGGUUGUGGUUAUGGAGGAGAACUGCCUGUGCAGGUUCCACUGGUGCUGCGUCGUCCAGUGCAAAAAGUGCUCCGUACGGAAGGAGCUCAGCCUCUGUCACUAA